UACAAAUGUGCCGCCAUCUUCUGAAAUUUGCUUACGUCUAUGAUUGUUUUAUCUUUCGAAGUUGAGUUAUCUAACAAUGCCAGAGAAAGUUCGCCUCGCUAAUAUUCAUGAAGCGGUUCGCUAUGGCGACGUAUUGGAACUGCAAAGUAUGGUUCAAAGAGGGGCUGGAAUAAACGAUGCUGAUGGUAAAUUUAGAUUCACUCCAUUGCACUGGGCGUCUCAUCAUGGUAGCUUAGAGUGCUUGCAUUGGCUCCUUUGGCAUGGAGCUGAUCACUCUGACAAAACCCCUCAAGGGUGGACACCAUCACAUCUGGCAGCAAUCAGAGGGCAGGACUCUUGUUUACAGGCCUUAGCUGCAAAUGGAGCUGAUCUAAAUGGCAAGGACAAUCGAGGUUGUACUGCAGCACAUCUGGCUGCAGCCCAUGGGAAUUCUUACUGUUUGCAGUCAAUACUCAGGCAUGGUGUGGACAUCAAUGCUACUGACAAUAUGGGUUGGACCCCAGUUCACUGUGCUGCCUUCCAUGGGAGACUGGGUUGUCUGCAGCUUCUCUCCAGAUGGGGUGCAAGUGUGGAUGAAGUGGAUCAUUCUGGAAGCACACCAGCUCAUCUGGCUGCAAGUGAAGGCCAUCUUCCUUGUCUCAAGUUUAUUGUUUGUGCUGGAGCAAGCAUUGAUCACACAAUGAAUGCACGUAAUGACCAGGGUGACACACCCAAAAAUCUUGCCCAGCAAUUCUACAAAAAGGAUUGUAUUGACUAUCUGAAUGCAGUAGAAUAUGACCUACUUCACCCCGAAGAUGAAGAAAACCUGGCCUUCCCAGCCCAUGUAGCUGCGUACAAUGGCGACCUGGCCCAAUUGAAGAUGCUGAUAGAGACUGGGGUCGUAUCUGUGAAUGAAAGAGAUGACAAAGGUUCAACUCCUGCACAUAAAGCUGCAGGAAAUGGACACGUUCAAGUGUUACAGUGGCUUGUCGAAAAUGGAGCGAACUUGAGAAUUGUCAACUCAGCUGGGGAAACUCCCAAAGAUGUGGCCCGUAGGUUUGGUCGACUCGGCUGUGUUGCUAUUCUUGGAGGUGACUCAGACGACGAAGAAAACGUUGUAGACGAAGGAGCAGAAGACUUCAAGCCGUCCGAGCCUCAGUCUAAAGCAGAAGCCAGAGCUUUUCCUUUCCUUCUUCGCGAUGACCGAGAUCCGGAAGGUAAUGAUUCUCCAACUUUCCUACCGAAAAUCUCGGACGAUUUUGUCCAGGACACCAUGCAGAAGCGUCUUGAAGACGCCCAAGGUAUAAAAACAUCAACAACUGAUUUCGUACCCAAUUAGAACCUUGUCUUGCCUGAGCUUAAACAUCCCGACCUUCUUCCUUUUCAAUUUCUGUUCUUAGCUUCAAAAUUCCUCUUACCGUUUACUUCUAAUGAGUCGAUAUCAGCCUUUGGAAAAACUUCAAAGAUGGUUCUAAGGGCCUUAUAACCAUCUUUCAUUGGGCCUUCGCUCGCUAUUCCUUUAAACGUUUCUUCAAACGGAGAAACGUUCCUUUUGGUACAAUUCUUUUCAGGGUGCAACGUCACUCUAUUUUACGCUAGUAGUGAUCAUAUAUUGUUGACGUCAUCGUCGCUGCUGUUGUAAUAUUGUUGUUCUUUUUGCUAAUUUUUUUGGAAGCUCUAUCGGUCUAAUUAGUUUAGGCUCAAUGGAAACUGAUUAAAGGUGAAUUACCCUCUUGGCUCUACAGUUAUGUAGUUAUGUGUAAUGUCACGAAUAAAUUGUGGAUGUUAUCAUCAUAUAAUGAUCUU